UAUUUUCCAUCAGAUAACACUUAGUACCAUAUUAUAUUAUAAAAAUGUCGGAAAAUCGGCGGGUAUGCGUUCACCCUGUGGUUUUGUUCACCAUUAUUGACAGUUUUGAAAGGAGGAAAGAAGAUGCAAAAAGAGUAGUGGGAACACUUUUAGGUACUGUUGAUGCAAACGCAGUGACAGUCACGAAUGCUUUCUGCGUUCCUCACACAGAAUCAGACGAUGAAGUCGCAUUUGACAUGGAGUACGCCAAGAAUAUGUACGACCUUCAUAGGAAGGUCAAUACAAAUGAAGUGAUCGUUGGAUGGUACGCGACUGGGCAUGACAUUACUGAACACUCUGUACUUAUCCACGAGUAUUAUACGAAAGAAAGUAAGAAUAAAAUGCCAGUCCAUCUCACUGUUGAUACAACACUGACUAACGGAGAACUUGGAUUCAAAGCUUACAUAAGCUCACCCAUUGGAGUGCCAGGCAAAACCCAAGGUAUGAUGUUCACGCCUGUUGAUGUGAAAUUACUUCAAUACGAUGCAGAGAGAGUUGGAGUCGACAGAAUUCAAACUGGUUGCACAAAGAAAGCAGGUGUAGUAACCGUACCAUCAGAGUUCCAGCAUGUAACAGAAGCAAUCGAAAACCUAACUUCAAUGCUCGAUGUCUGUUUGAAUUAUGUCAAAAGUGUUCAGGAUGGAACAACACCUCCAGAUUCUAACACCGGCAGAUUUCUACUUGAUCUUAUUUAUUCAGUCCCGCAUCUUUCUGAGAAGGAGUUCGAUACAAUGCUGAAUAAUAAUAUAAAUGAUCUACUCAUGGUUCGUUACUUGACCAAUGUUCUACAAGCUCAGUUGACAUUGAAUGAGAAAUUGGUCAACACCUCUCUCAUACAACAGACAUGAAGCUAUUAGACAAUUUUAUUUGAGGAUUUUCAUUUUUUGGGCUUGGGAUUAUAGUUAUUAUUUCGCUUUUAAAAGAGAAUUGGGAGACCAGAUGGUUGCUUUUUGCCUUUAAAGAUAGAACCGAGAAUAUUUGGAUCAUGGAGACAAAUUAGAAGAUGUUGAGGAAGAUUUAUUGAUUAAUUGAUUGGCUUGUU